AUGCCGCUCCGCUCCGGUUCUAGGUUUGGGAAGCCAGCGACAUUGAACCGAACCGCUGCGCGCUGCCGGCUGCGGUCUCUGGGCGCCGCUGGAGACGCGGAGGCGGCCGAGGACACGGAGAGCCGGGUCCCAGGGCGCACUCUGGCGAAUCGGCUCGGGGUCUGCAGCUCGGACGCUGGCCCGGCUGCUCUCGGCGAGAGGGAAGUCGAGCCGGGACGCCGGCUCCAGGCGCGCCGCGCUGCCUGGGCGCCCGGACCUCCGAGGGGCCUGCGGUCUGCGGGGAUCUGUCCAGAGUCUCGCGGGGCUGGAGCGGCGACCCCGGCGGCCCGGCGUGCGCAGGACGCUGCAGGACUGGGCCCGGCUUUCGAAGCCUGGAAAUGGAGCCCGCCUCGCUGCGGGUUUCCGUUCGUCUGCUUGGGCCUAGUGGCCUCGUUGCAGAAGCGGGACCCAUUCCACGGCAGCGUGGGAGCUGGCGGAGCUCUCAGUGGAUCAGACGCCAAGCCCCAGCGCUCCGCGAGGAGGAAGGUGGGGCCACCUACCGCGUUAUGGCUGUGCUGUCACCCGGGGGCCGGGCGGAGCACGCGCGGCCUCCCUGCUCCCAUCCCCCACCCGUCACAGGACGUCGCUGUCCGAACUCGGGACCGAGGGACUGGCCGUCGCUGCACAGCCGCUCUGAAUGUCUGUCAGGUAUUCGUAGAUGCCCCUGUCGGCUGUUCCCGAGCGCGGGGCUGCGGCCUGGGUGCCCGCCCAGGCUCCCGAGCGCCGUGCCGCGUGCUGCGGCUCUUGCCGCCCUGCUGCCGGGGUAUGAAGACUGAGGCCCAGAGAGCUUCAGAUCUUGGACACUUCCUGCUUAGAACAAGUGACAAGGCUGGCAUCAUCAGCAAGGUCUUUUGAGUGCAAGCCCAAUGUGCUUUCUGUUGUCCCUAAGGCCAGAGUCAAUAGAGUGUGUGAGUUAAUUGUGAGUCACUUAUGCACACAGAAUCAUUGAAUAUCGGAGGUUUUCUUCACUCUCUUCCAUUGACCUAAGAAACUAAUAGUUCUCUGAGUUUUUUUUUUUUUUUUUAAAUAGGGAAGACAAUUUUCUGUUCUGGAUCAGCAAGUACGUCUCAGGCAGAGAUGAGGAGAAAAGGUUACUGAAUGUUUCUUGUCUUUGUCCUCUCGGUUCCCCAUGAUAUCAUAAGACACCAGAUAUUCCUUAGGUAAUUCUUGUUAUCAAAAUCUCAUAAGAAACAGUCCUAUUACUGUUCAUGCUCAAACUUAAACCUCCAAAGGCAUAAGACAAGAGAUACCAUAAGCAAGGUUAGGAAACAGUUAUUUGUUCAUAAGCAACAAAAAGAUUAAUAUCUAGAAUUUAUAAGUAAAUGCACAAACCAGUAAAAAAAGACAACCCAGUAGAAAAAUGGCUAAAGAAUAUAAUAGGAAGCUUGUAGUAGAGUACAUGCAAACAAUGGAGUAUAUGAAGAAAAAAUAUAUUCAGUCUAAUUAGUAAAUAUAAACAAAACAAUGGCAUGUCACUAUAAAUGUGACAAAAGAAAAUGAAGUGGCAGGGUUGU